GUCUAGUUUUCUGCUGUGAGUCGUGUCAGUGUUCAGAAUGGCAGAACCAUACGUGCGACACCUCGAGCUUUUGGGUUUCGAGAAAAGGUUUUAUCCAAGCCAGCAUUAUGUUUACAUGGUUAUGGUGAAAUGGAGCGACCAGUCGGAGAAACUCAUCUACAGAAAGUAUCCGGAAAUCCAUACUUUCCAUAAAACCCUGAAGGAGAUGUUCCCAAUCGAGGCAGGUGACAUAAAUCCUAACGAUCGUAUCAUUCCUAAAUUGCCAGCUCCAAAAUGGGUUGACACCCAGAAGUCAACAGAGACUCGGCAGGGGACUCUAACGGAAUACUUUGAUUCUUUGCUCAAACUGCCUUCAAAGAUCAUCCAUUGUCAGCUAGUCAGAGAAUUCUUUAAAGUACGGCCAGAUGAUGAAAGCCCACCAGCUCUGCAUCCACAUAAACGGAACGAGACCUUUGUCACUUCCAGGGAUAAAGCAAGGACUGUCACCUCUGAAAUCACAGGUCCAAUCAUGCUGGAAACCUACAGAGUGAUUGGAGAUUACAGCAAAUCCUCAAAAUAUGAGCUCAAUCUGAAGGCAGGAGAUUCAGUGGAAAUUGUAGAAAAGAGUUCUAAUGGUUGGUGGUUCUGCCAAUGUGAGACACAGAGAGGAUGGGCUCCAGCCUCCUUUCUAGAACCACUGGAUGGACCUGAUGAGUCCGAAGAGCCAGAGCCUAACUAUGCAGGAGAGCUGUACAAAACCACAAAAGCCUACAAAGCAGUGGAGGAAGAUGAGAUCUCCCUGGAGGUUGGUGAAACCAUUGAAGUGAUCCAUAAGCUUCUGGAUGGUUGGUGGGUGGUCAGGAAAGGCGAGGAGACAGGUCACUACCCUUCCAUGUUCCUAUGGAGUACCGGGGAAAGGAAAGAAAUGGAGGCAGAAAGAAGCACUGUUACCAGGAACACACCACCACCCAGGAGAUCGACUAUACGCAAUGCCCAGAGCAUGCAUGCGAAAGGUCGGCAACGAAUCAGCCAAGACACAUACCGCAGACAGAGUCGAAAAGUCUUACAGCAGAGAGGAAGACUGCUGUCCCAGCCGAGAAAAAACUCCAAAUCCACAAUGGAGGAUAGUUCAGAUACGAAAGAAGCUUCCAACAAAGAAGAGGCAAAGAAAACCCCAGCCAUACCUCCUAGACCUAGCCACGAUCUCAUUAUGGAGCGCUGCACUGAGAACACACGCAAGAGAAUCAGCAUCCAUGCCAAUUGAGGUUGACUUGAAGCCUACAUAAAUGCUCAGCAUUGCACCAGAAUGAGGAAUGCCAAGCUUCACUCUUUUAUCGAAAGUUGCGUGCCAUGAAACUAAGACUUUGGUGCAUCUUAAUUGUACAGCACAGUUUCAUUUCCCCGUUUAAAGCACAUUUGAUUUAUUUUCCACAUUUUUGGAUGUCACACAAAAUUGUGUUUAGGGAACUGCAGGCUAGGCAGCUUAAGAAAUGUUCACAAUGCCCAGAGAAAGCUUCACGUUUGUGCUCUGUUUUUGCAAACAAAGAGAACUGUAGUAGGUUUAAGCAAUGUGUAUAUUACCUGACUGUAUACAUAGAUUUCAAUAAGCUAUAGUAUUGUUUUUGUUGAAUGUAUUUUAAUAAAAAAUUAAUAAAUUAAGAA